AAAUUUUCGAAAGCACUUGUUGCUUUUAAUCAACUUAAAAUUGAAAAGCAUUUGAAAUGGAAUUAAGAGAAUCAUUAGAAAUACGAAAACUUUCACCGAAAUAUCGGUCUAAAUUGGUUAGCAUAUUGCAAAAUCAAGACGAUUGGAAAAUGUUGAUGUCCAACAUUCCAGAAUUAUUAGGAAAAGAUCAUUAUCAUUGUUCCUUAGGUGAACACAACUUGCCUAGAUAUAAUUCUGAUCAUAUCAGAAUUAUAGAACAGGCCAGUAAAGAUUCAAAUCGGGCACCAACAGACGUCUUAUUUGAAGAAUGGGGCAGUUCAGGACGGAUUCGCCCCACUUUGGGGCAUCUCUUUCAUUUGGUACAAACCCUUGAAAUGCGUCAAGCAACAGAAUACAUUGCAUCUUUGUUAAAUAAGAACAUAACUAGGCGACCUACAAUAGGUCCUUCUGCUCCAGUUGUGUUAAACACGGAAGAAUUAAGAAUUAUUGAAAGUGACUCAAUUACCUCUGAUAUUCAAAAUUUACAAUACCCAUCCUUUUCAGUAGAAAACGCAACCCCUUAUGAAAAUAAAAGUGUAAAUAUACCCGAUUUAUCAAAUUUAAUGCGGAUUAGUAGUCAUAAUGAACCACAAACCUUACAAAAUGGUUCUGACGUGGUUUCAACAUCAACUGAGGAUAAUAAUAGUACCUCAACAGAUCAAAUGUAUUUACCUGAUUUUGAUCGUAUUAACACUAAAGAUGAAAGUGUGAUAAUUCCAAAUCAAGAAUAUGUUAAUUUGAAAAGUUUGUGUCUAGAAGGUACAAUAAUGGACCCAUUUCCAGGAGUACGUCGAGAUCGUUCUGAUAGCGCCCCAGGAAAAUCAUUAUCUUUAAACACACCAUUAAGACAUUUUAAUUAUCAUGAUUUAAAAGAAGCAACCAAUAAUUUUGAUAAAACUCCUUCAACUGUAAAAUUAGAAAACGGCGAUAUUGGACGUUUUUUGGGUUCUGGUGGUUAUGGAUCUGUUUAUUUAGCCUUAGGGUUAAAAGAAGAACCAACCGCUGCGGUUAAAAAGAUUACACUCGAUGGCCAAAUGAUAAAUUUACAAGAUCACAUAUUAAAUUCGUUCAAAACUGAAGUCGAAAAUUUAUACAAAUUUAAACAUGAUAAUUUGGUGGGAUUGUUAGGGUAUUCUUGCGAUGGCCCAAGUAUUUGUUUAGUUUAUGAGUACAUACCUGGUGGAAAUUUAAAUAAUCGAUUAAAUGCAAACAAUGUAGAUGAACUUGGGUGGAAGACUAGGAUUGAAAUCGCUUUUGGGAUAUCAAAGGCCGUUUGUUAUUUGCAUAUAGCAAAUCCCAAACAACCGUUUAUUCAUCGAGAUAUUAAAACAGCCAAUAUUUUACUUGAUGCUCAAAAGAAACCUAAAUUGUGCGAUUUUGGAACUGCUCGUUUAUCAAAACACACCACAUCUCAUACUGUUAAUGUUAUUGGUACUGGUCCUUAUAUGUCUCCAGAAGGAACAAGGGGGGAUGUUUCUGUUAAAUUAGAUACGUUUAGUUUUGGGGUGGUUCUUUUGGAAUUAUUAACAGGUUGGCCUCCUUUAGAUCACAGUAGAAGUAGUUAUGAUUUAUUAACGUUUGUUCGCGAAUUAUUAAAAGAUAACAACGAAAAUGUAUCAGAAAUUUUAGACAAAAAAGCAGGGGAUUGGACCUAUAAAAACAUUAACUUUGGUUUAGAAUUAUAUAAAAUCUGUAAAAAAUGCGUUGAAGAUUUAAAAGCGGACCGACCGUUCAUGAUGAACGUAAAAGAUCAAUUAGAAAUCUUAGUAGAUUUACUCAAUGAUAAGCAAAUAAUAUUACCUCAUAUUUCUUUUGAAUCUCUCAUUAAAUCAACCAAUAACUUUAAUGAAUCUAACCUAAUUUUUCAAGAGGAAUCUGAGUUUAACAGUUUAGAAUAUUUAUGUAGGGGUUUUUUUGGAUCAGAAACGAAUGUAGUUAAAAAAAUCACCAUCGAUGGGCACUCUCCAAUUUACCACGAUUUUCAUUUAUACUCUUUUAAAGAAGAAAUUGAAAAAAUUUGCCAAUUUAAACACCUAAACCUAGUUGAAUUGUUAGGUUAUUGCUGUGAAUAUCCGUAUUAUUGUUUUAUUUAUGAACACAUGGAUGCAGAUAAUUUACAAAAUAAACUCCGUGAUGAACGGAAUAAUUUAAGUUGUGCAAACCGAUUGAAAAUUGCAGUCCAAAUCAGCAGGGCUAUAGCUUAUUUACAUAAUUUUAGUCAUAUUCAUCGUGAUCUCCGAAGUGUUAAUGUUUAUUUAGAUCAAAAAAAUAUUAUAAAGAUUCGUACUGGAAAACUUUUCAAAAAUAGUUCUACAAAUUCUGUUAGUAUAUCACGAAUUGAUCCAUAUAUGUCACCAGAAGGAAUUAGGGGUGAUAUUUCGGUUAAAUUGGAUUCAUUCAGUUUCGGUAUUAUUCUUUUAGAAUUAUUAACAGGGCUCGAACCAUUUGAUCCUGAAAGAAGUAGUUUCGACUUGUUAACGUAUGUAAGUGAAGAGAUCUUAAACGGUAGUUUUAAAUCGAUAUUAGAUAAAAAAGUAGAUUCGUGGUCCUUAAAUGAUAUAAACAUUGAUGAGGAAUUAUUUAAAAUUUCCGAAUUAUGCGUAAAAGAAAAACCACAUCGUCCAUUUAUGAUUGAUGUGAAUACAAAGUUAGAGGAAUUAUUAAGUAGUGUAGAACCAGAAGAAGAUUUUCGACCGGCUUUAUCAUUUUUAAUGAAUUAAAUAAGAAAAACCAAUAUAAAAGUGAUAA